AUGACUGGCGCAGGCGGCGCAAGCACGGUCCAUCGCUCAGGGGGAAACACGACUGCUGUGGAGAACAUUGUCGCUGUGUUUGGGGCAGGUCUAAGGACACCCCGUGGUAACGCGCUUGGGCAACCUGCCCCUCGGAUGGUCUGUUCCUCGAACAUGCCAUGCGAAGCACAUGCUGCGGCGUCGCCGACAGCAGCUGGAACUCUGGAGCUGCAACCACAAGAAUUUGAUGGUGUUCAGUAUCUGCGGAUCGAAAAGGUGGAAAAAUUGUGCGAGGAGUUCCUAUUGCAGCAGCACAUCUGGAUGCUCUUCUUUCUUGAACAACAGAUGAAACUCCUUGGGAGUGUAAAUGAAGAAGCAAGGGACGGAGCAGUGGCAAAACACCCCAGUGCUUUGAAUCCUGCAGAAGAGAGGGCACAGGCCCUUGAAGCGUCACAGCUGGAGAUCAAAAGGCUCCAGGCAGAUGUUUUCACUGCAAAGGCUGAGCUUGACAAGGCUAGGCAAGACUUGAAUCGUGCCGUACUGAUUGCAGCAGAGGAGAUCGAAGAGCGUUUGGCAGCAGCAUGGGAAAAGGAACAUUGGAACGAUGUCAAAGAUCUCCAGGCAGAGAGGGACAAGGCUCUUGAGAGAGUUGAUGACGUCGAGGCUGCGAGCCUGGAAGCAAUCCGAGAGGCAGAAACACGUUACAAGGACAUGGUUGAAACUGCUGUCAAGGCUGUGGAAGCAGAAAGCGAAGCUGCUAUCAACUUGGCACAGGUGUCUGCUCGCACAGCUAGGGAAUCUGCUGACGCCUCCAGCAAGACUGCUAGAAACUUGCUUGAAGCGCAGAAAGAAGCUGUUUCGCUGGUCGGUGAUAUCCAACAAAAGGCUGCGGAGGCGCAACUCAUUGCCUCGAGGGCACAAGAAGUUUCUGUGGCUCUUCGUAAGGAGGUGAAGCAACUUCGAGAAGAUCUUCGUUGUGCCCAUGAAGACGCAUCAAAGGCUGCAGAGAGGGCAGGUGCUGCAGAACAGGCUGCACUUCGCCGCGUGUCCGAAGUGGAGCAGGAUGCUGCAGAACGUAUUGCUGCCGUUGAACAAGCAUACAAAACUCUGACGGAGGCUGAGAAGAAGAGUCUGUGUGCCUUGCAGAAGGAGGCCGAACACAUGCAGAGCGAAAACAAGGCGAUGGCGACAGACAUGAAGAGACUGCACUCGGAGCUGUCAGCAAGCGAAGCCAUUGUGGCACAAGCUCAAGCACAGAUGCAGGCUAUGGAACUGAAGCUUCAGGAUAAACUUGAAGCCGUUGGCUCUCUGAAAGGAGGCAAUGUUACAAAGGCUGAGCAGGAUAAAUUGGCUCAAUCGGGCAAGAGAAUUGCAUCUGAGGAGGCCAAGUGGCAGGAGACUGUGGACGAGUUGGCAAGCGUCGAGAAGCUUGUUGCUCGAUCUCAGGCCAGGUCGGAGGAGAGAAUGAACGGCUUCAAAUUCUGUGUCACUUCUGCCGCUCGUGAAAGGGACUACUGGCGGGCCAGAGCUAUCCGCGCAGAGGGCAAUGAAAAGGCCAUGCAGAUGGCGAUGGAAGGUAUGGGCAACGAAGCGAAGAACCGUGGUUUGGAGGCGCGUCGCAUGCUUGCGGCACUCAGCACGUCUGCCCGCAGGCGGCUGUACGCCAUCGGCACAUCCAGCAAGGGCCCCACCGGAGGGGAGACCUCAGAAGUCAUAAACGGCGGAUGGAUGCCGCCAGCAGAGGAACGGGGCCCGCUUGAUUGA